AACUAUACACAUAUACUACAUGCAUACAUCCCAUUGUAAUCUAUCUAUCUAUACCAUAGAAAGAGAGAUUGCAAGGAGAGGCAGAGAGUUGUUAGCUUGCGAAAAGCAGUGAUGGAUGGUGUGCAUUUCUAUACACACUCUGUGUGUGUAUUGUGUGUGUAUAUAUGUAUUAAAACUGUUAUUCAUUAGCUCUAUAUCACUUAGAUUGUGAACCAAAAUCACUUAGAAGAAAGAGAACAGGACACGAAAGACGGUGUAAGCAAGAGAGAAUGGAGAAGGAUGGUCGGAAAAGGAAGAGAACAAGAGAUCAAACAGAUGAUCAGAAGAACAAAGAAUCACACAAGGGCAAGAAGCUGGAAACCAUGAUGAUCAGCUCCCUGGACAAUGAUUCCUCUUACAGAGGCGACACGGGCUAUGAAUCCUGUGAUGCUGUUGGAGUUUUCGACUUUCCAUGGCUCAAAGACGGCGUUGUUUUUGAGGUGGACGACUACUUGCAACCGGAGGACGUGUUUGCACCGUGUUGUUCAUACGUAGACGACACUUUUGUAGCGAAUCUUGAUCAAUCUUGCGUGCAGAAUUCACCAGCCCUUGAUCGAAACUCCCAUGACAAGAAGUGCGAUGACGAUAGCUUGUGGCCGUCGUUCAAAGUCGACGAUCUCGAUUCUAUAGAUUGCAUUUGGAGGGCUCUCAUUGAUCAACCUCUUGACAACAUUGGUUUGAACAAGGCCUAGCUAGAAGAAUAUCCCAUGUUCUUUCCAUCAUGAUCAGUUUAUAUCUGGUUUCUUCAAAGAUUACAUGUUUGUGAAGUACUAAGAUUUUGCAGCAAACUAGGUAUUGCAUUUCUUGUCCUUGUAAGGAUGGAGAAGUAUAUAAGAAUUGAUGAUGUCGAAGGCUAUGUGAUGAGAUUUGUGCAUGAGAGUACUAUUGAUCUUCCUGAUGCUCUGAUGUGGAGUUGUGGACUGUUAGUUUUUUACUUUAGGCCCAUUAGUCUCUGUGGCCCAAUGGGCCUACGGUGCCCAACUGAGAAGGUAGGAGAUGUAUUGAAUUAAUUAUUAUAGAUUCUAUUGUAUGUAGAUUUUUUAUUGUAA